AUGUCACUUACUGAAGAGGAGCUGGGCAUGCUGUUCGGCGCUGCCCCACAAGAGAACGAUUGUCAUAAUACAGUUUGCCAGCCUAUCGCUGCAACGUAUACCAGAACUUGCAUUUCCACUACACUAAGCAACCGUUCAAAGGUGAAGACAUCAAGCGCUGUUCAGCAUCCAUCGCUACUUAGCUUCGAUGGCAGCUUCGUUCCUGCUCGUUGUGGCUAUCGAACCGGCAAGUGUUUAAACUUACAGGCGUUUAAGCGCGAUGGAAAGGCUCACAAACUAUGUGAAUUUCAUCGUGAGCGUGCUAACAUAAAUCAAAAGAAACUUGACCGCAAGAAGCGCAUGCAGCGUACAAAAUUACCCAGUGAGGCGCAUACGCCGCCUUGCAAAUCCGUCUCGUCCGCCCUAUCGAUCAAAAAUAAGGAAGAAAAUUGCAGUUUCACCGCAGAGAACCAUUCCCCACGCACUGUUGAGUCAGCAGUUAAUAACGGUGUCUUGAUGUUGAGCGAAUCGAAAAUGGAACAUGAUGAUGUCAACACCGAGUUGUUCCUGCCAACUAAUCUUCAUGAAGCCCCCUUGGUACUAAGCUGUGAGGAACUUGACAUCUUUCGCAGCAUAAUGACCAUCGACGUUAGCUGCCGGUUGCCUUUACGCCGGAAUGCGCCUUCACUUCGCACGCCUACAUGUUAUUGCCUUGUAUAA